GUGCAAACGACGCGUACGGUGUAAACGACGCGCACGUCUCGCUUGCACAUCUACACAUAUAUACACAUUUAAACACAUUUGACGAUGUAAAUAGCGCUAGUAGCAUAGUAGUGUGUGGAGCGCGGCUGUACAAUAUUGAUAACAAACGCACUUUGUCAUCGUGUGUCGAACAAAGUGUUCUGUUGCACGACAACCGUGUAGCGUGUGAAAUAAGAACAGAAGGCAAGUAACGCGACGCACGUUGUUGCGUGGCGAUGAGUGGAUCCGAGCAUAGUUACAGUAGUAGUAACAGUUGCAGCAACAACAUUAGUAACAGCCUUGCAUGGCACAUCAGGUACAAAAGACAGCAGGGCAUCGUCGUCGAGCUAUAACCUCGACCGAAGACAAAUCAAGAUUUUCAUGAGCCUUCGUGGUGCGUCACGAUCUCGGCGUACAUUCGCAAAGGUACGAAGAACAGCCACUUUACUUGUGGAAGAUGCACAGUGCAGAGCUGGCUUCUUGUUAUUCUUAUUGAGCCAAUUGUCCUGCUACUGCUACUGCUUAGCGACUGCACCGGCGAUCUGCCAAAAUGAAGAUCACUGGUAUAAUCAUUGCCGUGUGGCGAGGCUUAAUAGACAGCUUACGUGGUGCACUUGUCCUAUUCUCUAUGGACAAGCAAUUCAACGAAAGGAUAAAAAAAUCUGCCUCAAAGGUAGACUCUCGUAGGAAAGAGAACACUGUUGGACAGAGUCCAGCCAAGUUCUCUAAGCAACAUAGGGAAUCAAAGGUGCUACAAAGAACAGUUCAGUGCUGUGCUUUGAAUGGUGGUGUAUGCUUAGCUAGCAUUCUUAUUUUUGAAUAUGGAUUGUUGCCGUCUCUGAAAUAUUUAUUAAAUAUAAUAUUUGGUCAAUCUCCGGGUAUGGGAACUUUUGUUUGGUCAUGGAUGAAACCAUUUUUGUCACUCAUUUUCAGCACUGUAUGGAUACUGCCAGUUUUCUUAUUAAGUAAAAUAAUCAAUAUGCUAUGGUUUCAAGAUAUUGCAGAUAGUGCAUAUAGAUGUCGUCAAGGUAGACCAGUACUAUUGUCAAGUAUCAGUAAGCUUUUAGCUGAUAUGGCUUUCAGUACUUUGGUGCAAGGCUUGUUUUUAGGCCAAAGUAAUCUAGUAUCAAAAGUGCCACUGCCACCAAUUGGUGACAUUCUUGAACUUUUACAUUUGUGCCUUCUUAAUGCUUUAUAUAGUUUUGAAUACAAAUGGUACAACAUGGGAUGGGAAUUGCAUAGACGACUUGAAUUUAUUGAAUUUAACUGGCCAUACUUUGUUGGAUUUGGGUUACCACUUGCAUUAUCUUCCAAAUUAUCAGAUUCAUAUGUUAUAAGGAGCUGUGUAUUUGCUAUACUAUUCCCAUUAUUUAUCGUCAGUGGAAACGAAGCAGAACCAGUUAUUGCUGUCUGUGACUGUCAUUUCAAAAUAUUUUCUCCUGUGGUUGCCAUAUCUAAUGCAUUAUUUAGUAAAACAAUUGCACCGAAUAAGAGACGGUGACAAGAAGAAGUAUCAAGUGUUUUGGAUGAGAAAUCUGGCGAAAAAGAAACUUAAUUUGGAAACUUGGAAGUUUUUCAUCAAACUUUUAAACGACAAAACGAAAACACUUAAUUUCGCGCGUAAUGUAUACUUAGAACUAUGUAAAUAUGCAAUAAUGGAAAAUUUUAGAACAGAUUAUAUAGGGGUUGCCCAAGUCUGGCUUGUGUUAACUAACUUUAUAAUAAGGACAGUAAACAAUACCCUAAAUAACCUAUAAUAAUAUCUUUUAGUUAUUUUUAUAUAUAAGUUAGGUAGGGCUAAUUGUAAUAUGUGGGUGUAAAAUAGAAAUGUUAUCAUAAAUACGAAGUUUAUUGGUUUCUAUAUUUUUAUAAGUUUAAUUUGAUUAGAGGAAUUAAUAUUUAGUAGAAUGAUCUUUUUAUUUCGGAUAGUUCAUUUCAAUUUCAAUAGGAUUUAUUUUAAUUUUACAGCUUCUUUGCUACAUUUUUAUGAUUUUUUGAAUAUCUAUAAAUUUGUUUUUAAAUAUUUAAAUGGCUAUUAUUACAUCAUGACUGCUUAACUAGUCAAUUAAUAAUUAAUUUUUUUAUAAUAGAUCGAUACAAAUGUAUUUGUUAAUGUGCAGCAAUUAUUUGAAUUAUAGAUUUUUAUUUCUAGUUAAUUGAUUAAUUAAAUAAUAAAAUUUUAAUUAUGUAAUGAAUUUUUGAGUAUUCUUUAAGUUACAGGAAUAACUUAAUAAAUCUAAAUCAUGCUAUAUAAAUUUGUUCGAUUUCUUGUUAUAUUAAUUAUAUUAAGUUAUGUCAUGAUCAUGUUUUUGAUUUAAUUUACAGAACAGACAUAAUGGUUUAAGGUGUAUGAAAUAUAUAUGCAUAUAACAAUUUUUAUAUAAAUUCACCACUGUAAAAUACGUUUCUGACUUGUAAGUUUCAUUGGAAUGCUAAUUUUUUCAAUUGCGCCUUAUUUUUUUUAAUAAGAAUAGAGUCGUCUAAUAGUACUUGAAUAACAUGUGAUAGAACUUUU